AUGGACAGGAGUAGGUCAGGUGGUUACUCAGGGCCUAAGGAUGUAUGUUAUAACUAUGGAGGGAAUCAUUAUGCUUUGAAUUGUCUACAUCUUACCCCUACACAAAGAGGAGGAAAUCAACAAGCAGCUUCGCAACAUCAGAUUCACACAAUGGUUGACAACUGUCAGGCUGAUUUUCAAGCUUCACCUAUCCAGAUGACGGGUAAGCUUUUUGGGCAAUCAGUUUCUAUUUUAAUAGAUACAAAAGCUACUGAAUGUUUUACUAAUCCUAAAGUAGUUUCUAGAUUAUCUAUUAGACCUGGUUGUAUGUCAAAUGCAUGGAUGGUUCAAUAUGGGAAUCGAGCAAAACAGAGGCUAGCUGAGCACAAAGAUGUAGUAAACUAUGAGGAUAAGGUCGUUAGUUGUAUUGAUAAUUUUGGGAAUCUAGUUGAAAAUUUUGGGUCUCAAAAGCCUCUUGAAUUGAGAUGCAUUUCAACAAUGCAACUCAAGAAAGCCCAAAGGAAAGGAUAUUCCAUAAUUGCUGUCAUGGUAAGCUAUUUGGAUAAUGUUGAGAAAAACCCUAAGGAUUAUCCUGUUCUUAGAGAGUUCCUGGAUUUUUUUCCAGAAGACCUCACUAAGUUACCACCGAAGAGGGAGUUUGAUUUUUCUAUAGAACUCCUACCUGGAAUAGAGCCACAAUCUAAGGCUCCAUAUAGAAUGACAACCACAAAAUUAUAUGAGCUUAAGGCUCAAUUGCAAGAAUUGAUUAGGUAA